AUGACGAAUAAUGGUUUAAGUGUUGUAUCUCAAUUAAUAGCUUCAAUCAUUUACCUGAUCUUGUUGCCAUUUGGUGAUUUCUUUGGUAGACAUUUAAGUCUUUAUCUUGCAUUCAACAUUGGGUUCAUACACGGUGGAUCUUCUGGGACACUUGGGGCAAUCCUUUACUUUCGAAACAAAUUAUAUGUUCUCGGUGUUCUUAUUUCAAUAUUUUUAUUCUUGGUGUUAGUGCUGACCAUCUUUCACAUUAUUUUGACGGUUCAAGUUUAUAGACUUUUUAAGAGCAGAAAUUUUACUAUAUGUCCAAGACUUAAUCAUACUGGUGCCACUGUUGCCCCUGAUCCCGAAUUGUCUCAUCAUGUAGAACAACCUGAUUAUCCAACUAUACCGAACGAAAUCCAAGUGCCAGAAGGAAACGACUUUAAAUUUUUACUUUACGCUUUGGGUUUAAACGUAUACGUUUGCAAUACUACUACUUCAGAAUGGGUUUUCACUCGCGCAAUUGAUACAACACUUAUCAAUGAUAUCACAAAGAAGGAGAUGUUUAUUACAAAAUAUGAAGUCGCCGAGCAUUUCUUUCUAGAAAAACCCGUAAAUGGUGGUUUGGCAAUUUGGAAAUCUUUGUCACCAGGUGAUGACUCUUAUGUGAUUACAUCGCUUGCCGCAACAGUCACAUCACCUGAUGGCAUUGAUAAUGAUUAUUGGCUUUCACUGAAAGUAACUGCAACCGGAGGUUAUGGUGCAUUUGCUGAUAAUACAUAUAUCCUUCGUGUAAAUACUCAAAAAGGAAUGCCGCCUCCUGCUAAUGAAUGUGGUACGAAAUAUGAAAAUGUUCAAAUAAUGGAAGACAAAAUUUCUACUUUGGACAAUGUUCUUCCUUGUACGACCAUGAAAGAAACGAACGGGAAUGUACUUCCUUCUUCUUCGUUGCCUCCAGAAAUUCUAGUCAACAUAUUUGGUUUUCUUUGUUCGGUCACGGACCUGUUAUCAUGUGCUCAAGUUAAUCAAGCUUGGCAUCAUGUAAUCACAGCUUUCUACAUAUGGCACACAACAAAAUUUAAAAAUUAUGAAACAUUUUCAAGAUUUCAUGAAAUAUUGCAAAUGAUAUCAAAGACGAGAAGGAAACGGGCAUUAGAAAAUUGGGAUAAACUUAUAGCUGCUUACUUGAGCUCCGUUACAGAAACUUCCAAAUCAGAAACUUCUGAUGAUGAUGUAGGUGAAGGUGAUGAAACGGUGGGAUCACCGACUCCUUUAGCAAAUCAAACUUAUUUUCAUUCAACAAGAUAUUAUGGUCAUUUCGUUAUAAAACUUGACUUAUCCAAGAUUCAUAAAAAAGCGAAUAUCACCGAAAAGAUGUUUUGCGAUUUGUUUCCAAAUAUACCAAACCUUGAAAACGUCAAUUUUUAUAAUUGUUACACGGUUACUGAUGAAGUAAUAAAAAACUUGACGGAAUCAUGUCAUCGCCUAAGGAAAUUAAAAUUAUUCGGAUGUACAAGUCUCUCAAACAAAUCUUUGGAUUAUAUCGGAAUGCAUUGUACGGAACUCACCUUUUUAAACAUGGGAUUUUGCACGUAUGUUACUUCGACUGCAUUACAAAGAUUAUUAGAAAGAUGUAGACGACUUUCAACUCUCGUAAUAUCACAUUGCUCAAAUGCACCAGCAAUUACCUUGAUUCCCAUGGUAAAAAAUCUUCAAGGAUUACAAAAAUUAUACAUGUAUCGUGGUUUUACCUCGGAUUUAAUAGUUAAAAGUCUUAUCCCGCAGAUACCAAGACUUCGUAAAUUGGAUUUGGGAAUCAGUAAACCAAAAAUUACUGAUGUUGGCGCAGAUAUUAUUGCUCAAUAUUGUCCAAAUCUGGUUCACCUCUCUUUGUCAUUUAGUCUAGUUACAUGUGAAGGUCUAAAGAAUAUUGGGCAAGGAUGUAAAAAACUUUCAUUUCUUGAUUUAAGUGGAUGUUGUAACAUUGGUCAUGGACUUUAUGAUGUAUUAAAAUAUUUUACUGAAUUAAAAACCAUUUACCUCAAGUCUUUAUUACAGAUAUCCGGAAAAUCCUUUUCUACUAUCAUUAAAUCUAAUAUUGAACACGUUUCAUUUUUUAGUAGUAAGAUUUUAGAAGCAGAAACUUAUGAUGUUCCUUCUAAAGAAGAUAAAUCUUAUUCAAAAGUGAAAAAGUUGAUUUUGGAUUAUUGUGAGAUUUCAAAUAAAAAUCUAAAGCAAAUCGCCCAUUGGUCUAAAAAUUUGGAACAUUUAGAUAUUAGUUUAGUUUAUGAUGCUGAUGAUGAGAUAUUACAAUUUUUAUGUGAUAAUUUAGAAAAUUUGAAGUUUGUUUUAGCGAGGGGUUGUUAUAGAAUUAGCCAAGUCAAACAAGCUGAAUUAAAUAAGCAUCAAAGGAUCAAGUUUAGUUUCUAA